AUGUUAGACAAUAAGAUUCAGGGAUUAUCAGAUAAGGUGUGUUGGAGAGAUUUAAGAUCCGAAAAAGUUUUCUUCAGGAAGUCAUCGACGUGUUAAUUGCGAGAGAUCAAGAUCAUGAGGCGAGAUCAGUCGGCGUCAUGUACCAUAUUCUCACUUGCGGUGAAAACCAAGACUUGUUCGCAAGGGUUAUCCUUUUGUCAUGUAAUCUGUAAAGCACGCAAAAAAUUUCAGAUGAUCCGGUACAUCAAUGGAGGAGGCGUAGAAUACUGGCAUACGAUACUCUGCAACAUGAACAUGGCAAUAUUUGGUAUCAAUCGCUCGUUCUUCAGAAUUGAAUACAUUUUCAGAACUUUGGCCGUUUAUACAUUGGCCUUGCAAAGAGCAAUUAAUGCGGCUGAUCAGAGAAGGAGUGAAACAGAAUGUAAAGCAGAUCGAGAAUGUCGUAAUGAGUGCGUUCCGAACGACGAUGAGUUCCAGCGAAUUCACAUCGAAGACGCGAGUUCUCACAUAUGUAAAUUUUCGCAUGGUUAAAAUAAACGAGUAUUUAGUUUCCAUGUUUUCAGCUGUCUUCGAUCAUUCGCGAGUACGAAAUGUGGUUCAAAGCACAAAAGUCUUGUUCUGCGCUUGUCGCUGCUAUAUUGAAUUGUGUGUCGCACAUCAUCGUUUCCAGUCCCGCUCCACUAUCUAAGGAGGAUACUUUUCGCGAAAACAUGAUCAAUUUUAUUCAUUGGGUGAUCAAGUAAAAAUUGCUUUCUGGUAGCUAAAAGUAUAACAACUUUUAGAACGAGGAAAGGUGAUUGUGGCGCUCUCGGUCGCGAUUUUGUGUUGAUUCUUAUCAGAUUGGGAAGAAUACCUCAAAUUGAAGGUAUUUGGAAAGAGUUGAUACAAAGUCCUGGAAACUACGGAGUAUCUAGCCUUGAAGAUUAUUUGGCUAAACCAAACAUGCUUCAACAAGUGAGAUUAAGCAUUGAGCUGAUGCGGAGAAUUGACUUCGUUGUUCAUCAUGGAGGAAAGAACAUGCCAAUUUAUUUCACAUGGCUGGUACAAAAGUUCUUCCGGUUUAAUGACGGGUUGGGUUUACGAGCUGAGUGUGUACGGUACCUUGUGAAUAUGCAAUUUGAAGCUGGAAAGGCUUCGCCGAAUACGUUCGAGAAUCGAAUUCAACUUCUUCAUCUUCUUGUUUCUACUGCUCCGGUCAGUUUUCACAGUUAGUAUGUUAUGAGUGCAUGAAAGAAAACCAGUUUUUCCUUUUUUUUCCUGUUGUGGUCUUCCCGACUGAAUGAGCACAUUAGGAUAGCAAUUCUCUUUUACAGAGCGGUCCAGAUCAACAAUGGCUGAAGUUGUGUCUUUUCAUUGACUGGUUUGGCUGUGACGAGAGAAAUCCAGUUAACCUCAAUAAUAUUGAACUCCCACUUUAUGUAGUCAGGUUUGUUAGAAAUGUUAAAUCUGAAUAGUGUUCAUCAUAAAAAUUUAGACACGCGCUUUUUCUACAAGCACAACCACCACACCCAAACAAUCUAAUUCAAGCUUCUCAGUGCUCCGCGUUUGCCAAUUCUCUUUUGGAAUUUGUUUGCAAGGUGACCUAUGCGUCUAAGCAUCUGCAAAUGAUCAACCAUGUUUUUACAGAGUGCCGACCAUAUGUUGCCAGUUUAUUCCGACAUUAUUAAGAAAAACUUGAAUCUUGCCAUGAAAGUUAGCAGAGACAGAAUAACAAAUGGCGUUGCUCAGAUUCUGGAACACCACAAGAUUGAUCGGCGAGUCAGUGAACUUAUCAGACUGACAUGGCCAGAUUUUGUUAGAGUCCCGUAAGUCACCUUGGCUAACAAUCCCAAAUCUCUUUCUUUAACAGAGUCUCUCGAACUGCAUCUCCAGUACCAGUCGCACCAGCACCGCUUCCUAAACUGAAAAAGAAGUCGGUGGACGAGAAAAAGCAGUCGCCAUUUGCAACACUGGAAACGGAAGAGUCUUCUGUGGCAACUGGUAACGUAGUGAAGCUGGAAAAAGAGAAUUUGCGAAAAGAAAAACAAGAUAAAGAGGAGAAUGAGUUGAUAUCGUCGAUAAAGCUUCUGAAAGGAGAUGUCAAGACAAAAAUGGAGGCCUUGAAAACGCAGUGGAAAGAAUUCAAUGACAAUGCAGACAAAUGUGAAGCAGUUGAAGGUGUUUUGAAUACGAUGUUGAGCACUGAUGACACGUUCGAUGAUGCCCAACAAGAACUGUCUGCUCAAUGUCUUCUUGGAAUUAUGGGCUCUGCCGUUGUCGAUGAAAAGUCGCUUCUGAGUGACGGUGACGGAGAAGAAGCCUUCACUCAUCCCAUCUAUUCGUUCUUGAAAAUGCUCUGGUAAUUCCAAUUCCUCAAAGCAGAUGGUGUAGGUAUUGUUUUAAGCUCUCCCACGAGUUCCGAUGAGUCUUCCGCUGAAAUUAUGACGAAUCUCAUGGCGGCGAUGAGGGAAAAAGAUUCAAGGUUGACCUACGUGUUAUUGUAUUUCAUCAAAGGAGCUGGUGUACGUCCGAAAGAAGCUUGUGAGAGCUAUAGAGAAGUGGCGAGAAUAAUGGACAGGGGUGUUGACGAGAUGCUCGCAUCGGAUCUGCAGAUGUGUGCGGUGAACGACAACCGUCUUUUCGCAUAUCUUGUACCGUUUGUCUUCGCUAAUUUUGAGGAAGAAGUAAUGCAAUCUCCUGAACUUUUGCAAACCUUGUGCGCUAAUGCGGAUGCUAUGCAACUAAGAUCUUUUAUAUCGGACAUCGUCAGGUUUUAUUAGUGACGCAGUAUUCGGUUUAACCCUUCUAAUUUCAGAGAAGAAAUUAAAAUAUUCAGAAAGGAUACUUUUCCGAAGAUACUCAUGGCGUCAGUGGAGUGGGCGACCACGGCUCAAUGGGUCUUCUGGCACUUGAUCAACGCGGAUGGAGUACCAAUUGAAUGGUUUUUGACCAGUAUUCCUAAACUGGAUCCAACGAAACACGAUGAAGCUAUUUCUAACAUUCUGUUGAUGAUGAAACGAAUGGGUUUUGAAUUGUUAUCCUUUUUUAUAGAUUACAUCCAAUUUCUAGAUCGAGAACCGUGGAAUGGGUUAAUUAGAGCGUUAUUUAAUAGAGUUCCAAACAGGGAUGACAACUUCACAGCCGAUGCUUUGAAAGUCUUGGUCGAAGAUACGGAUCAGUGUCAUAAAGUGGCAGAGCUUGUAGCACAGACGAUCAAAAAACUAAUUGGAGUGGGUCGAAACAGAUUGUUUUACCUCGUUUUUAUAUUCAGAGCAACGAAAUUAUGGGGGUAGGCUUGCGACUUCAAAAGAAGGGAACUCCUGUCAAGCUCACACUGCAACAAGUUCUCGAACACUUGCAGUUGUUCAGCAGUACUUACUUGCAGAAAAAACAGCGAGCUGUAGAGACUUUCAUGGCAAGAAGUCACAUGCAAGAUGCUUUUGCUUCUAUCAAGAUGUAAGUUCAGUUUAGGAGAUUUUGGCAUAAUUUGGAAUUCAGAAACGACAAAUGCACCGUGCUUCUGAAGAAAUACAGCAACUUAAUCGGAGCAAUGGAUAUAAUUGCACAAGAUUCGAAGGAAAUGUCUUCGUCCAGAACACUCCGAGGAAACCGGUAAUUAUUUUCGAAUUGUGUGACAGUUUUUUUCUUUGAUUACAGGCAAGGUAGCAACAGUGGUGGAGACAAACAAACGCUACAGCAAAAGCGAAAGGCUAGUGAUACUGAUGUAAGUAUCUCAUGAUGAGGUUAUUUGGAAAAUAUUUUAAGAUUUUCCGAUUGGACCAGAACUUUAUGGGGCUAUUCAGCGUAUGUUUGUUUUCCGUUUUCCGUUUUUUUUACAUAGUUUUUUGACGUAAAAAAACGGAAAACGAUCAUUUUUUUCACAGUCUGAAUAACCCCAUUACAGGCAUGGCAUGAAUUAUGUUGGGUCCAAGUUUCAAGUAAAUUACUUCUAGGGGUCAUAUUGGUCAUACAUGUUUAACAGAAAAUACAAUAAAAGGAAGCCUGGAUAACUCUGGCAUUGCGUUAUUAAUCUAAUCGUAGUCUACUCGAGUUAUACGGCGGCCUAAUAAGAUUGAUAUGACACCUAAUUAGAUUAAUAAAUUGUCUAGCUAGAUUAAUAAAUCUUCUAAUUAGAUUAAUAAGUGCUCAAAUCAAGUUUCACGCCAACCGUCUGCUGGCUCAAAUCUCGAUUGCGCCAAGAAAAAACAGUCCAAUCUAUUAUAGGGGCACCGGACAGAAAAGGCGCGCUGUUCGCAAUCUGGCAGAAUUUCUAGGCCGCGAAGUAAUUUUCCACUGAAAACGUGGCCUAACUUUUCAAACUCGGCCCCAAGGUCGCUCAAUUUGCACUGCAAAAAGAGUUUCUCAACAGAGCGCUAUUUCUGUUCGGUGCCCCUAUAAUAAUUAGGUCGCGUUUAGAUCAGUAACUUUCUAAUUAGAUUAAUAUCGAAUUGCCAGAGUAAGCAUUUUUGGAAAAUUAUUUAUCCUUUUCCACAAGGGGGAGUGUCUUAUGGUUGCCACUGGUUCGGAAAUUUCAAUCCGAUUUUUUUGGCGUUUCUCAAACAUCCCGAACCUAUGUGCGGCUGGCACAGUGCCAGGCGAUACGUAGUGUAUUGUUCAAUGGAGCGCACUUGCGGUACAUACGCUUCAACUCGCCGUGAGAUCAGAUGAUAGGAAUGAAACACGGACCCAAGAUAUUUCAAUCCAAGUCCAAGAAGCCUGCAAAGUUUGGAUCCAAUCGGAAUAAGUCCUGGCCCUAGAAAAGCCCGGGUCGGUAAAUUGUCCAGCCUGGUCAUCAUAGUAAACGGAUUAUAACAUCCUCCUCUUCAGGAUGACCAAAAUAACAAAAAAAGGAAGUUACACAAGGAUGUUAUCCACUCGAGUGAUUCGGACUCUGACUAA